AUGCUUCAUUUCAGUGACUGUCACGCCGCCUCGAAUAGUCCGUCCGACUGCGCUGCGCACUGUCGAGAUCCCGCAUCGCCGCGCCAUGUGUCAUGUGAUAUCGACCCUACGUCAGCUCAACCGCGAGUUAUGAACCCUCAACCUUCUUCUGUGGAAAGAUCAUCCGCUCGGGAAGACGAUGGGUCUACCCUGAACUCGACCCCACGUUCGGAAAUCUUUUCCAGCGACGACAGCUCUACUCCGGCUUCAACCAAUAUGGCUUCCGAUGUCGAUCGCCGGUUACAUGAUGUGGGUGUCGCAGCACUGGCAGCUGUGUCACAGUAUCCACAUGCUGUGAAUAACCAUAGUGGUUCAUUCCUGGUGUCGGAAAUAGUCAACGCCGUGACGAGCGCUGGAAGCCCGCCCGACUAUCGCCUUUUGAACACGCCUUCUCUACUGCCAGGGCGAGGCUAUCUUAAUACGCAACCUGGAUCGCAUAAUUCGGCUGGACCGGAUGUCGCCUUCAGCCACGGGCCACUCCCGGGUGGCGAUGUGGAUGUCGAGCUGGCUGUACAGAAUUUGUUUCAUCGCACCGCAGGACGGCAGGGUAUCUCCAUCGCGCCAGACAGCGAUCUUGAAUCUCAGAGGGACAUGGUCAUGGAUUAUGAUCCCACGCCCAUGGAAUUCAUCUCAACGCCCUCAUCCGAAUCAGAUGACGAAAUUGAGGAUUUUAUCCGAUUUUACCCGGACGAAGAACAAUACUACCAUCAACACAAGCAACGCCCGACACAGCCCGAUUCCGAAAUGGCGGACUAUGAUCUGGACGACUUUUACAAGACCAUCAAUUAUGAGGAUAUUGAUGUGGAUCUACCUCCGUCACUUGGGGUUGCAGUUACCGAACCUGCUGAGAACCACGUUGCCGAACAACCAGAGGCUGUGCCACACCCAGCGUCUAUAAUACACACGUCCACCUAUGAACGAAAUCUCACAGUCGAUGAAUUUAUCCAACGAUGGAUGGUCCAGACAAACGUCAUUCCUCGAGGAUUUCACUCUGAAAGUCGUAUUCCACCACAGCUUCGUCCACUGUCAAAGAUGAUUAGUUGGGAACCCCCACGGGAAACUGUGCGCCCGCAUGACUGGAGACGCAAUUUCUAUGAUCUCCAGCAGAUUCCGUGGACAGAAACCCUUCGGGUGAGACGAUCCGACGCGAGGGCGCUACGCGACGCCUGGUAUACCUCUUACCACAACCUGGAUUACUCGCACCUUAGCCAUGCCAAACGUCUCCCGCUUACAGAAUCCGCUUUCCGUGAACAUUCUAUGCACACCUCCCACAGGGCGUCUAUUGAGCACUUCCAGCUCCGCAACCUCAUGUCAACCCCUGCUUAUAACACCGUGCACUUCGCCUCCCGUUCGAAAUUGAUGUCUUGGACCCCGAGUACCGGAGACGCAAAAUGUCUCAUUGACCUCAGUCAAGCAGAUCCAGAGUCGGGUUUCCUCGGCCCAGUCAAGAUCUCAACAAUGAAGACUGCACACGGCCUUACAAUUGCGGGCGGGUUUUGUGGCGAAUACGCCUUACACAGUUCAGCAGGUGGCGCUGGCAUCAAGGGACUCGUGACACCCGACUUCAACGACGGUAUCACAAAUCAUGUCGACGUAGUCCCUAAUCGCACCGGCCCGUCGCCUACCGGCGUCUUCGCCUCAAACGACAAGCAUCUCCGCAUUCUCGACACAGAAACCAAUGUGUUUACUUCCGACCAAGAACUGUCCCAGCCCAUAAACUGCACCGCCACCUCCCCCGACUCACGCCUCCGUGUAGUCAUAGGAGACUCCCCAGACGCUUGGGUCAUUGAAUCCGACACCGGCCGCCCCGUUCAACCCCUCCGCGGCCACCGUGACUUCGGGUUCGCCUGUGCUUGGUCCCGAGACAUGCGCCACAUCGCAACCUCAAACCAAGACAAGACCGUCAUCAUCUGGGACGCGCGCACUUGGCGACCACUCGAGACGAUCGAUUCCGAUGUCGCCGGGUACCGCUCGCUGCGCUUCUCUCCUGUCGGCGGUGGUCCCCGGACCUUACUCUGCACCGAACCUGCGGACCGGAUUUCUAUCGUCGAUGCGCAGCUCUUCCGCUCUCGCCAAGUCCAUGAUUUCUUCGGUGAAGUCGGUGGAGCGGAUUACUCCCCCUGCGGUAGUAAUAUCUGGGUCGCUAAUACUGAUUGCCAUUUCGGUGGCUUCAUGCAAUAUCAACGUCGACAGUGGGGCCAGCGCAUUGGGUUGACGGAUCUUCCGAAUGAGUGGCUUUCGGAAGAUGGACUAGAAGAUGACUCUAAGUGUCUGCUGACUAGGAAGGAGCGCGGGUUGAGAUAUUUGAGGAACUUAUCGGAUGAAGAGCAUGAUUCUUUGAUUCUCUAG